AUUAUGUCUGCUGGAGAGCCGGAAGUUUUGGUUUCUCCAAAGCAGUCGCAGGUUUUUAAGCUGAAGUUGUUGAUAAAUAAACUCACCAGGACGAACCGAAAUCAGCAGAUAUUUCAGAGUCUGUACACCUGAAUGCUGACCUUCUCUUCACUGACCCUUAAAUAUUAAACUGGACGGGACGGAAGCUGUCGGCUUCAGUAAGACUAACCCAAGUCAACUGAACCUCAGUUAUGCCUGUGAAAAAGAAAAGAAAGUCGUCCGGAUCCGAAGACCCAAGCAUCAGAAAGAACAAAAUCACCAGUCGCUGUGUCAUCACCUCUUUAAUAUCCAGUUACUGUCGGACACAAACUCCAGGACGGCUGCUUAACACAGAUGACCAGUUCUCUAGCAAGAAAUGUCUCGCCUGGUUUUAUGAAUAUGCAGGUUCAGAUGAUAUCGUCGGCCCGGAGAGCAUGGAGAAGUUCUGUGAGGACAUCUGCGUGGAGCCAGAAAACAUUGUUAUGUUAGUUUUAGCCUGGACACUUGAAGCAACAAAAAUGGGAUUUUUCACCAAAGAAGAGUGGCUGAAAGGGAUGACGUCACUACAUUGCGACUGCACUGAGAGAUUACAGGGCAAACUGGAUUAUAUGCGCUCUCAGCUGAACGACCCGGUUUUAUUCAAGAACAUUUACAGAUACGCCUUCGACUUCGCCAGGGAUAAAGAUCAGCGCAGUCUUGAUAUGGACACUGCAAAAUCCAUGUUGGCACUUCUCCUCGGAAGGACGUGGCCUCUGUUCCCAGUUUUCCACCAGUUUCUGGAGCAAUCAAAGUAUAAAGUCGUGAAUAAAGACCAGUGGUGCAACGUCCUGGAGUUCAGCCGCACGGUUAACACAGACCUGAGCAACUAUGAUGAAGACGGAGCUUGGCCAGUGAUGCUGGAUGAGUUUGUGGAGUGGAAUAAAGUCAGAAUUGCAUUAUAGCGCAAGCAGACGCUGGAUUCAAGCACAUCAGAGUUUUGUUGUUUUUCGGUGUGUGACCCAGACGUCUCGAGGACUGCUUCAGCAUGUCCCCAUCACUACCCAGAGACUCUUACAGUGUUACUUUAAAAGAAAAGGGCACAGAGGAAUCAUAAGACGAAAGGGGAAAUAUUUUUCUUUUGUAUUAAAUUUGUUGCAGCAAAUCUGUUGCGAGUGUUUUAUGAAUUUUCAGUCUGUUUGUCAUUUCCUUUCCUUUUCUUUUUCUCUCAAAGUUUUACUUUGUUUAUAGUGUUUUGAGAAAGAAAAUAAAUAAAGCAGUUGUAAUUCAAUUUUUCUUCUUUUUACAGCACUGUUAGAGCAAUUUCCAGCUAAAAUCUAAAUGGAUAAAAAUCUUUACUUUACAAAAGCACAAACGUUUGGAACCAGUAAGACUAUUAAUGUUUUUGAACGCCUGCUUAUUGCUGCAUUUGUUUAAUUAAAAAUACAGUAAAAUUCUCAAAUAUUAUUACAUUUUAAACCUGCUGCUUUCUAAGUGAAUAUAUAUUAAACUGUAAUUUAUUUAUGUGAUGCGCAACUGUAUUUUCAGCAUAAUUGCUCCAGUCUUCAGUGUCACAUGAUCUUCAGAAAUCAUUCUGAUAUACUGAUGUGCUGCUUAAGAAACAUUUCUGAUUAUCUUCAAUCAAAUAUUCUUCUGGAAAAUCUGAUACGUUUUAUUUUUCAGGAUUGACAGAUGAAUAUAAAGUCCAAAAAACAGCAUUUCUUUGAAAUAGAAACCGUCUGUAACAUUGUAAAUGUUUUUACUGGCACUUUUUAUCAAUUUAAUGCAUCCUUGCUGAAUAAAAGUAUUCAUUUCUUUCAAA